UCAUCUGCUUAUUGAAGUAUGAAGUUGUCAACUUCGAUUCUCAUUAACACAUCUUUGAAAUAUUUUUGGAUAUUUUUCCAUAUCAGCAGAUAUCAGAAGCGUGCAAAUAGAAAGAUUUGGUGUUUGUUUUCAAAGUCAUUACAGUCAUCGUCAUUAAGCAAGUGAUAAAAUGACAAAAGCAUCAAGCUGCGUAUAAAAUAUCAUACCAGACGACAAAAAAUCUUCAGUUUUAAUUUGACCAGCACGAAGAGUGAGUGUAUCAGUUAAAAAAUAGGAAAAAAUGGCAUCACGAGACCUGGAAAAGGAAUACGAUCCAAGAGAAUGGACGACGAGAUUCGGUAGUGCUAAAGAACUUUUGGAUAAUCACGUUGAAUUUGGGAACAAAGUGUCUGAUGGAAAUCGUUACGCAAUCAAUUGCUUGUUGAACUUCCCUUAUGGUGAUAGUUUUCGUCAGAGACUUGAUAUUUAUGGUGUCAACUUACCGACUGAUGCUCCAAUAAUUGUUUACGUUCAUGGUGGAUAUUGGCAAGGAAUGAAUAAACAUACUUCAUCUUAUGCUGUCAAACCGUACGUUGAGCAUCAGGCGAAAGUUUUUGUUAUUGAUCAUGACUUGUGCCCAGACGUUCCACUUACAGAAGUCAUUAAGCAAUUCCAGAAAGCAGCCGAAAGGAUUUUCAACUAUGCAGUCGAACAUAAUUCCAAAAGUGUCUCGUUUAUCGGUCAUUUAUCCGGUGCACAUCUUAUCACGUAUCUUUUCACUGAUGAAAUGAUUAAGAGACUUGGCGAUAAGUUCAAGUUGAUUAAAAAUAUUUAUUUGAUUUCUGGGGUUUACGAUCUGAGUGAGUUGAAAAAUACGAAAGUUGUCAACCGUGAUAAUUUAUUGUCGAUUACUGAUGCAAAUGUUGGAGAAUUGUCGCCAAUGAAACAUAAUUUCGAUCAUUUGAAAGGACACAACAUUGUCUUUGAUGCAUUUGUUGGAAGCGUAGAAUCGCCGACACUUCAGAAGCAAACAAGAGAAUUUGUUGCGCAUCUCAAACUUGCGAAACUUCAUGCCAAUUUCCAUUUAAUGGAUGGCUUGGAUCAUUUCAACAUUGUCGAGAAAUUGUCGGAAAUUAACUACGACAUUACGCAAACAAUCAUCAAAAAUUUAGCUUAAAAAAUUAUUGUAAAUUGCAUUCUACAGAAAUUAUAAUAAAAUAUUUAAAAACGUUUUUCUUGUAAUGUGAAGACGAUAGAAUAUUAAACUAUAAA